CACCUAGCUACACUGACGCCAGUACGCCGCGCGCUCCGUCAACGAGAGGACGUAUCGCGCGUCCCCUCAAAUUAAUACGACCACCGAACGGCCAAACAGGAUGCUCUUCGUACGGAAUAGUGAUGAGAACAAACAAUAGUGACAUUCUUACUAAAAAGGACUGUUCAAUUAGUGCCACCCACAACUUACUAAUUGAUGUGAAUUUCCUGACCUUGAAAAUCGACUAAAAUGGAUUAGUCUCAUUUUUUUGUGUUUAUAAUUCGAACGACAUUGAUCGUGAUAAGUGAAGUAAUUGAAAUAGAGAUGGGAUUCGUAUAAUCGAUUAAUUUAUUCGGUAAUAGUGCGGGAAGUGUAAAUAGUUAACAAUGUUGGCGGUCAAGAAUUUUUUUAUGCCUGAAAAGAGAGUGGACUCUCCCAGGUUUUCGAGGAUGCCUGAGGCACUCAUGAGGUCCAUAAGGCGACGAUCUUUGAGAGUGAAGAGGACGAAAUCGUUGGUUCUAGUCAACGAAAAAAGGAAAUCCGAUUCAUUUGUGAAUAGUCAAGAAUGGACAGCUUCACGAGGUGUAACAGAACUUCGAGUUGGAGUUUUGGGUUCACCAGACAGUGGCAAAUCAGCUCUAGUGCAUCGGUACUUAACUGGAGCGUAUAUGCAAGAAGAAAGUCCUGAAGGUGGUCGCUUCAAGAAGGAAGUGAUAAUCGACGGCCAUAGCUAUCUCCUUCUAAUAAGGGAUGAAGGAGGCUCGCCAGAAAUGCAGUUUACGGCUUGGGUGGACGCCGUAAUCUUCGUGUUCAGCUUGGACAACGAGAUCAGCUAUAAUACGGUGUCGAACUACUUCAAUAAAAUGUCCCAUUAUAGGAAUUCCGCUGAGAUUCCGAUCAUAUUGGUCGGAACCCAAGAUGCCAUAAGUGAAAGUAGUCCACGCGUGGUAGACGACAAUCGUGCUCGCAAGUUAUCGAAUGAGCUACGAAGAUGUUCUUACUAUGAAACUUGUGCUACGUACGGUCUGAACGUGGAACGAGUCUUCCAAGACGCAUGUCAGAAGAUUGUGGGCACUAGAUUGUCCGCCUCGUCGCAAUGCUUGUCUGGAGGUUCCAGGCCUGUGACUCCACAGCCGUUAGUGAAUUCGCCAAGCCACAACCAUUCAACAUUCCUGUACAAGGAAACUCAUAUUAUGCCUUCUACAUCUACUACAAAAACAAAAAAGGUCAACAUGUACAGAUUUGACUCUCUACCACGUGGCCAUCACACCCUAUCAGCGUCGUCCCACCACCUGCACCGAGGCGCUCAAUCCUUCGACGCCUCAUCAAACAGCAGCGGAAUCUCCUCAACCCACGUCGUCGAAAUCCACAGCACGAAUGGAUCCGACACCUCCUCACGAUGGGGCAACUCCCUCGGCAGCCAUGGCUCCUCAUCAGGCCUCGUGUCCAUAGCAACGGAGAAUAACAACGUCAAGUUCACCGCUCCACACUGCCUUGAUAACCUGCAACCUCCCAAGGAUUCUAAGGAUCUACCCACUCCAUCUUCUACUCCUACAACGUCAAGGAAAUCUCGAAGGAGAUCGAAUCUCUUUACUCCUUCCAAAAAGGGAGAUGAUAGGUUGAAGAAUGGGGAGCUUGGCUCUGGUAGAGCGAUUCCUCUGAAGCAAGGAUAUUUGUACAAGAAGAGCAGCAAGGCUUUGAAUAAGGAGUGGAAGAAGAAAUAUGUGACGCUCUGCGAUGAUGGCAGGUUGACUUACCACCCUAGCUUACAUGACUACAUGGAAGAUGUGAACGGCAAGGAGAUAUCCCUGCAGUACGUGACGGUGAAGGUGCCUGGUCAGAAGCCGAGGGGCUCCAAGUCCAUCAUCACCACCGUCCCGGGCUACAACGGGUACAGCAGUCUCGACAUACAUGAUAGUAUCGGGGGACUGUCUAUCGGCUACAAAGACAAACCAACUCGGGCGACAGACAAAGCCCUAAUGUCUGCGUUCGACACGAUGAAGGAGCCCGCGACGAGUCGACAGUCGCUCGCGUCCGAGGUAGAGGUCGGCUCCACCAAUGGACAGGACAAGGACACGCCACAUGUCAAGAAGAGGCAUCGCCGGAUGAAGAGCAGUGGCGUUAAGAAAGAUGGGGAUGAAGAGGGAGAAUACGCGACAUCGUGCGAGUUCACGAUAGUGAGCCUGGACGGCAAGCGCUGGCGGUGGGAGGUGACGGGCGCGGCCGCGGGCGCCGCCGCCGCCGCCGAGCGCGACGCCUGGGUCGCCGCCGUCGAGGCGCAGAUACUCGCCUCGCUGCAGGGACGGACGUCCCGGCAGCCAAUGCCGACGGGUGCUAACUCUACGGGCGACGUCCGCGCCACCUACUACAUACGCCGCGUCAACGGGAACGACAAGUGCUGCGACUGCGGCGCCGCUGACCCAGACUGGGCGAGCCUGAACCUAGGCGUGUUGAUCUGCAUCGAGUGCUCCGGCAUACACAGGAACCUCGGCUCGCAUAUAUCGCGGGUGCGAUCCCUCGACCUCGAUGAGUGGCCAUUGAGCCACGUGAGUGUAAUGGUGUCGUUGGGCAACGAUCUGGCGAAUUCAAUAUGGGAGGCUGAUUUCAGAGGCCACGUCAAACCUAUGGCCACAUCUAGUCGAGAAGAGAAAGAAAGAUGGAUCCGGCUGAAGUACGAGCGGCGCGCGUUCCUGAGCUCGGAGUUGGUGGCGACGGGCGUGGAGGCGCUGCGCACGGCGGGUGCGCGCGGCGGCGUGGCGGCGCUGGCGCGGGCCUUGGCAGUCCCGCCCCCCCGCGCGCCCGCAAGCCACGACCGCGCGCUCGCACUGCGCGCCGCCGCCGCCGCCGGACAUCUCGCCGCCGCGCAGCUGCUCAUAUGGCACAACGGCAACCCGAACUACCCGGACGCGGACGGGCACACGUGCGUGUUCUACGCGCGCGCCGCCGCCAACCACCUGUCGGGCAUCCCCACGCAGUACCCCAAGAACCUGCAGCUCCUAUGUCCGCUGCACCCCAACCCGCCCCACUCCACCCCCAGCUCCGCCACCAACUCCACCAGCUCCAACUCCAGCACCAAGAGCUCUCUAAAGAACCCGGAGCCAGAAUGCAACUGCAUCAUCUUCGAGCUACUCAACGCCCAAAGUGCGAGCAAAGCCCUCGUGGAGCUCCUGAUUGGCUUACAGAACAACCAGUACAUGAACGGGUACGACCACAACGGCAGUGUUGCCAGCUUCGCGCACAAUACUCUAGGGCGGCCAUCUUUAGGGCCGAACCUAUCGUUAACGAAUGGUAAGUGCGGCAGCGUAGUGUAAUGGUUUUUCUAUCUAAUUGUCGGUUUUGAAUAAAUUAAUGUUGAUAUUGUGACUGAACGUUGUUACCGUUGUGGUAUAUUUAUACUCAAUUCCGUGUGUGGUGCAGUUUUGUUAGAUAGUUAUAUGUUAUAUUGUUUUAUUGUGAUCAAGUUUUAGUAGUUGGAACGUUUGUAUCUUAAUAAUGCAACCCAGUGACUUAUUUUUAGUUAGGAUUACAUGAUCAACCUUUCCGCGAAUAUGUUAACUUUAUCCCUUAAAUGAACGAUUAACAAUAACUAAAUACGAUGUUGUAUAAGAUCUUACAAAACUGCAUCUCGCAUAUUUUUUUGUAUAAUACAUGUAGUGUAUUAAUAUGUAAAAUGUAUACAUAUUACACACGACUGACGGUACAUUUGACGUAAUCUCCGAUUCAUACAUAGAUUAAAUAAAAUUUAAAAGAAUUUUCUCGAAAUUAGUUAAAAAAUUACGUGUCUGUCAAUUUAAAAAAGUUAAUUAAAAUUAGAAAAAUUGUUAGCGUAAUUCAAAUUUCGUAUUUUUGCGACUUAAAAUACUUAUUGGCAGCUCGAAAAGGUUUUUAAGAUGAGCGGGAACUUGAUAGAUAAACGAAUAUAAUCCAUAAGAUUGACUUUAUAGAGUUUUGUAUACCUUGAGCUGGUUGAUAAGUAUUUUAAGCCAAAUUAAAAUAUUUAUUUCAUUACGUAUUACAGUUUAACAUAUCCGGUGUUAAUAGUUCAAAUUUUUAAAUACAAUAUUUUUUUCUAGUGGCGUAGAGUAGGUACCAAUUUGCAUUUUAGGAUCCGUUCGUUUUCAAAUUAAUGUUAUUAGAAUAAAAUUUAAUGUACACACGAAUUAUCUUAUUGUACUUCCAUGAUUUUCACAUAGUUAUUCAUUUUCAAUUAUGAUUGCAAAGCUGUCUAUACUUAUAAUAAAUAUACACAUUAUUUUCUCUAUAAUAAUGAACUAUAUGUCUAUAGAUACAAUAGUUAAACCGGUAUAAUAUAAUAGCCAAUAUGCUACAGGCAUACGUAAUUAUAUCUAGAAGGACUAGUCUACGUGGCGAGGAUUUAGUACCAAAUAAGUACCGUUUUAGACUGACUUGCGGAUUUUGCUGACGCGGAUCUAACUGACAGAUUUUUUGACUGCGGAUUUGUGAGCGCGGAUGUAAUUGUCGCGAACAAUGUCGGUCGGUGCAAGGAUUUGAAAAGUUUGGUGCGUGUUAGCAAAAUGCGUUUAGUCUAAAGUUGUAGAAUUGUAGGAUUAUAAAAAAAUAACAAAUGUAACAAUGACUGGGUUGAUAAAACUAUUGAAAUAAAUAUCUGUAUCGAUAUAUUAUUAUAUCGAAUAAACAAUUGUAAUUGUCAAUUAUGACGAUAUCUACUUGUAUGCAAUGCAAAUAAUUUUAAAUGGUCUAUAGCAGUCUAUUGGUAAACAUUCUAAUAAUUUUCAGAGAAAAAUCAACUAUUAGAAAUACCACACAUAACACCAACAGACAGAAAAGUGCUGAGAGACAACCCAACCAUUAAUGAUCCCAUCAUAGCGUUAACAUGUUAACAAUGUUAGUUAAAAAUAUUCAAUAGUUAUAUCAACCCCAGUUAAACAACACAACCGGUACUUAUAACCAAGUUUCCAAUGAAGUCACAGUUUAGAAUAGAUGUUAUAACUAAUCGUUUAGAACUUUAGAAGCAAGAUCUCAGCUCAAUGCUAUUUGUAGGGUAUAGGAUAAUUAGUGGUAAUUUCUCAUGCUUUACCCUAGAGCCUUUGGUGUGACUCUGUGCGCCUUUAACUGAAACAUAUUUCAAUAAGGGAAUAUCAAUGUGUUAUUGAAUGAAAAUGAAUUUUAUCAAUCUCGAAUUAAAGUUCAAUAUUAAAUGUCACUGGUUCCCUACUUCUAGUUAAAGGUUCACAGAUAAUAAAAACAUUCCAUUUUGUAAAUUACCCACCACACCGAAGGCUAAAUAGUCGAUGUGAUAUACUUAAGGUCUCCCUUAAACCAAAAUGUACUGAUCCUUCUGUGCCUACUUUUAGGUAGUACGCUUCACGACUAUAGGCCAGGAGCUCGACACUUGAAAUAUUUUACAAUGCAUCACAAGCUCCUGGACUAUUGUCCUAAUUUCCAAUUUGUAAAGUACUUCAUUGUAAUAUCGCGUUUCUAGAAAUAUUUUUAGAUGUUCGUGCUUUCCGUUUUUUCAUACAAUUGGAGUUUUUUUGCCCUGAGAAAGGACUGAUGUUUCGAAUUUCAAUUCUUGGAUUGCACCAAUCAUUUAAGUGUUAUUGUGCUCGAUAUUGUCAUCACAUUUACUUAUUACUGUUUAAAUAUUCGAUUAUGGUACUUUUUUCUAAUAUAUUGGUGCAUUCCAGGUCUUAAGACAAAAAAUCCCGUGUUGCUCUCUGAUCUUGAAAAAUAAAUGAAUUUUGUGAAACUGCAUUCAUUCGUAAUGUCAGUCUGACUCAGUAUAAGUUAGUGAAGAUGAUUUGUUUGCACAGCCUAAGACAAGCCGUGCCCUGUCGGGCCCAAGAUCAUAAAGGCCAAAUUGUCAUCACCAUAAGAUUCGAUCACAUUCAAGAAUCAAACUUAUUACAACUAGGCUACGGUUCAGAUUGUACAUUUUGACCAUAAAAGUGAGACAAGAUUCUAGGCGAUUCUCUAAGAGGGCUUUGUACAAUUAAUUCUAAAGUUUUAAUAAUUACUUAUCGUUUCGUUUUACUUAAAAUGUCUUGUAAAUGUUACUUAUAUAGGGGUUGAAUUCAAUAUAAUUUUACGUGAGGUAAAAUAAGUUCUGUUUGUACAUUUAGUAUUUAAAUCGUUUACCGACGCAGUAUUCGACACAUUUGUAAAAAAUCACAUUAGAAUUUUCUGGGCACAUUGUAUUUUAGUGUAUUUUAAACAUUAUUUUAUAUUAGUCCUCUGUUGAAAUUUUAUUGAUAAUUUUAAAUUAUGUUAUGUUGCGUUACAUGAUUCGCAAAAUUAUUAAGAUUUUUAACGUUUUAUUUUUUUUGUAAAUUCUUUUAGAAGCCAAAGAGCUUAAUUGUAAAUAUAUCGUAUUAUGCAGCUAUGCGUUUGUUAGCUGUGGAUAAUUCUUUCGUUAUUGUAAUUUUUAAGAGAUCCGUUAACGUUUUUUCUUGUGAGAAUAAAAUGAUAAGGACGUAA